AUUUACAGCACUUCAAUUGUGCAAUUCAAAUUGGCCCAUCAGCUCAUAUAUAAACAAACCCACCACCAUCAUUCUUCAUUCACCAAUCUCCAAUCCAUCAUGUCUUCCGACUCCAAUUCCCCUCCAACCACCACUUUCGUCCAAGCCGACCCAUCGAACUUCCGAGCCGUCGUGCAACGGCUCACCGGGGCCGCCACCACCCCCCAAACCUGCCCCGAACCCCCUAACCGAAGAUCAGAAUUCAAACUACAUGAACGAAGACAAAAUGCGGGAAAACUCGAGAUAACUCUUAACAACGGGUUCGGCCCGUUUGGGAUCGUGUUCCCUCCCGGGAGACAAAGGAGCUACAACGGUGGCGACACGAUGAUGUCAUCGCCCGUGUCCACAUUGGAUGUGUACGGGCGUGGGAGCCCACGGACGCCCGUGGAGGAAGAAGAGAGGGCGAUUGCGGAAAAAGGGUUUUAUUUCCACCCGAGCCCGCUUAGUACACCCCGAGGGUCCGAACCCGAGUUGUUGGUUUUGUUUCCGCUUUACUCGCCUAAAGCGGAUUCAUCAUCGUCGUCUUGACAUGUUUCAAGAAGGGUUUUAUUUUCUAGCAGUUUGUUAAACAAACGUGCCUAGUAAAAUCCCACUCAUCAGUUGUCUCAAAUGUACCGGUUUAUUAUGGAUUAAUUUAUUAGUUUAAGUAGGGUUGUUAGUAUGUUUUUAAUUAAUUUCAUGUAUUCUUUCUCCUAGUUAACGUGAUUAUUAUUAUUACUUUGUAAGAAAUGGUAUGUGUCCCUAGUGAUGAUUGUUAUUAGUUUUGAUAUGAGAUAUCAUCGUUUUUCCUUAA